AUGUCAUACAGAGGAGCAUCCGUCUCACAGGAGACCAUGAACAGUAAGUUAAAGAAGGAGCUAUCUGGGAUGAAAUUCCCCAAAAUCUUCAAGGAAAAAGUUGACUUACAGAAUAUCGAUAAGAUGGUUAUUGAUGAGUGGAUACGGAAACGGCUGGAUGAGCUGAUCCCGGAUGAUGAUAUCCUGGUUGAGUUCACACUGGAGCUUUUGCAUGCCUCCAACACCCCGGAUAUGAGAACGAUACAGCUGCAACUACUGCCAUUUCUUGGAGAAACGGACUCUCCCAGAUUUUGCAAAGAGUUGUGGGAGCUGCUUUUGAGUGCACAGGACGACAAGGAUGGUAUACCCGCUGUUUUGCUAGAGGCUAGGAAAAAGGAGAUCGAGAGACAACGGGCUUUGGAAGUCGCAAAGAAGGAAAACCGUACGAGAAAGGAUAGACGGGAAUUUCCAACCAACAGGGAUUCAAAUUUCAGUGAAAACAGGGCCAGAGACCACAGAUCUAGCGACUACAGGUCUAAUGAGAGAUACGACGAGCGUGAUGCUAGCGACAGAGAUAGCCACACUCGCAGAAUUAACCACAGAGGUGGAUACCGCGAUAGGGAAUAUAAUAGAGACACAGGCAACAGGUCAGCAGGAUAUCGAAGAAGGGAUUACAGAGGAACGGAUGCCAAAGAUAGAGACGAGAGGUGA